AUGUUCCGGGCACUGGACGCUGCGCUCGCCGUGCUGCUGGCCGUCUCUUUGCGGAGCCCCUGGAGCGGCACCGGUGUCAGAGCGGCUGUCUUCUCGGCUCAAAUCUCCCCCCCGGACCCGUGCUACGACGAGCACGGCAGCCCGCGCCGCUGCAUCCCUGACUUUGUCAACUCGGCGUUCGGCAAGGAGGUGAAGGUGUCCAGCACCUGCGGCAGGAGUCCGGGCCGCUACUGCGUGCUGAGCUCAGCGGACAAAGGGGACGAGAGGACCCGCAACUGUCACACCUGCGACGCGUCCGACCCCAAGCGGAACCGUCCCCCGGCGUACCUGACUGACUUGAACAACCCGCACAACCUAACGUGUUGGCAGUCGGACAACUUUAUCCAGUACCCGCAGAACGUCACGCUCACGCUCUCCCUGGGCAAGAAGUUCGAGGUUACCUACGUGAGCCUCCAGUUCUGCUCUCCGAGACCCGAGUCCAUGGUGAUUUACAAGUCCAUGGACUACGGCAAGACGUGGGUGCCCUUUCAGUUCUACUCGACUCAGUGCCGAAAGAUGUACAACAAGCCGAACCGGGCCGCCAUCACCAAGCAGAACGAGCAGGAGGCAAUCUGCACGGACUCACACACGGACAUAUUCCCGCUGAGCGGAGGUCUCAUCGCCUUCAGCACGCUGGACGGCCGGCCCUCGGCGCACGACUUCGACAACUCCCCGGUUCUGCAGGACUGGGUGACGGCCACCGACAUCCGUGUGACCUUCAGUCGCCUGCACACGUUCGGCGACGAGAACGAGGACGACUCGGAGCUGGCGCGGGACUCGUAUUUCUACGCCGUGUCUGACCUGCAGGUGGGCGGCCGCUGCAAGUGCAACGGCCACGCGUCCCGCUGCGUCAAGGACCGAGACGGCGAGCUGGUGUGCGAGUGCAAGCACAACGCGGCCGGCCCGGAGUGCGACAGGUGCAAGCCCUUCCACUACGACCGGCCGUGGCAGAGAGCCACAGCCCGGGAGGCCAACGAGUGCGUUGCCUGUAACUGUAACCUCCACGCCCGACGCUGCCGCUUCAACAUGGAACUGUACAAGCUAUCGGGCAGGAAGAGCGGGGGAGUGUGCCUCAACUGCCGCCACAACACGGCAGGACGGCAUUGCCACUACUGCAAGGAGGGCUACUACCGAGAUCUGUCCAAACCCAUCUCGCACAGGAAAGCCUGCAAAGCAUGCGAUUGCCAUCCCGUGGGUGCUGCCGGCAAAACCUGUAACCAAACCACAGGACAAUGUCCCUGUAAAGAUGGCGUGACCGGUAUCACGUGCAACCGCUGCGCUAAAGGCUUCCAGCAGAGUCGCUCGCCCAUUGCCCCCUGCAUAAAGAUCCCACUGACACCGCCUACGACACCAGCCAGCAUUACAGAAGAGCCCUCAGACUGUGACACUUACUGCAAAGCAUCAAAAGGAAAAUUGAAAAUCAACAUGAAGAAAUACUGCAAGAAGGAUUAUGCUGUUCAGGUGCACAUUCUGAAGGCGGACAAGGCCGGGGAGUGGUGGAAGUUCACCGUCAACAUAAUUUCCGUCUACAAGCAAGGCGAGAGCCGCAUCCGCCGCGGAGAUCAGUUUCUGUGGGUACGUGCCAAAGACGUGGCCUGCAAGUGUCCCAAGAUCAAACCUGGCAAAAAGUAUCUUCUGCUGGGCAACAACGAGGACUCCCCUGGGCAGAGCGGCGGUGUGGUAGCAGACAAAGGCAGCCUGGUUAUCCAAUGGAGGGACACGUGGGCGCGAAGGCUGCGGAAGUUUCAACAGCGUGAGAAGAAAGGAAAGUGCAAUAAGCCAUAG